AAUUGCAAUACAUCUGACCAAAGUAAUAAGCCCGUCCUGGAAGAGAGUUUCUAAGAUCGUGGCCGUAGAUUUCAUCCGGUAAGAGCUGGGUCAAGAUCCGACGGUGACGAAGACAUGGGUGUGGCCCACUCCCAUGAUGGUUCAAGCACAGAAUUUGGCACUGCUACUAGCCAUAGCACACGCACGAAUAGCGAAAUAGAAGAAGAGAAUCCAAAUGAACCAUCGGAGACCUGGUAUGGGACUCCGACGCAGGUGGAGGGAGUGAUGGACGACAACGUCUACGUCGCAGUCGGGAUGAACAGUUCAAGCGUCGAUGCGCUUGUGUGGACCCUGAAGAACCUCGUUAUGCCGUCGACGGUCGUGUACCUUGUUCAUGUCUUUCCUGCAGUGCACCGCAUUCCUACUCCAGUAGGAAAGUUUCCCAGGAACCAAGUUGCACCAGCACGGGUGGAGAGUUACUUGAGUCAAGAAAGAGAAAAGAAGAGAGCCAUGCUCCAGAAGUUCUUGAAUCUUUGCGCUGCUUUCAAGGUAAAAGUGGACACUGUUCUUAUAGAAAGUAACUUCACAGAGAAGGCCAUUCUCCGACUCAUUCCGGUUGAGAACAUUGGAAAGCUAGUACUGGGGACAUCCAAUAUCAGGUACGUACACCUACAAAUCAUCGUAUCUACCUUCUAAUUGAAGCACAUACGAACCAUCAAAAUAGUGGGCCAUCUUUUGGAUAAGCUAUAUAACGAAAAGCAACCAUAUAAUUAUGUCUCAUCAACGUAUAUUAA